AUGGAUCUUGUAGAUACCAACGUAUAUUUUUGGAUAAGAUGCCUAAGAAACGACUCUUUGCUGCAGCCUCUGUGGGACAGCCUGAGGCACAACUAUAGAGACUAUUUAAGAUCUCCACUCUUCCCCGUUGUUCUGACCGUGUCCUCCUACUUUUUCUUGUGCCUUCCUUUUCUUGUUUGCGACAUCAUGGGAGAAAGGUGGCCACUGGUACAGCAAUUCAAGAUCCAACCCAGCCGUCGUCCCACAGCCUCUACACUGCUGCACUGUGUAGGUGUCACCUUGUACAACCAUGUGUUUCUCGUGCUCCCAGCCUCAGUGGCCCAGUGGGCAUGGAGGCCACCUGUGGACCUGCCAGACCGGGCUCCGUCCCUACUCGAGCUGAUUGCCGGGGUGAUAUGCAACCUCCUCCUCUUUGAUUUCCAGUACUUCAUCUGGCACCUGCUCCAUCACAGAAUCCGCUGGCUGUAUGUGACUUUCCAUGCCAUUCAUCAUAAUUACUCAUCUCCCUUUGCUUUAGCCACUCAGUGUCUUGGUGGCUGGGAGCUGGUCACUGUAGGCUUUUGGACCACUCUGAAUCCUGUGAUCCUGAGAUGUCACCUACUCACCACAUGGACAUUCAUGGUGGUGCAUGUCUACGUUUCUAUAGAGGAUCACUGCGGCUAUGAUUUCCCCUGGUCCACAUCUCGUCUGAUACCCUUUGGCAUCUACGGAGGGCCCAGCAAACACGAUGUGCACCAUCAGAAACCCAACACCAAUUUUGCACCGCAUUUCAGCCACUGGGAUAAAAUAUUUGGCACGCAUGCCGAUUUCAGCUUCUGUACUGCUAUGAAAUAGAUGACUAUAACACUACUGGUAGCAGCUGUAG